AGGGCCCAUGCAGCCCUUUUUGUGGAUUUGGGCAGUAAUCCCGGUUGUGAUUAUGCAUCACUGCGCGGGUCUUGUCUUUCACGUCUCGACACGCCCAUUUUGGCGGGUGGACUACAGUAGGGUCACUCCCUGCUCUUGGCUGCCAUAGGCCUGGGCAAGGGGUGGAAGAGGGCGUGGCCUACUGCAGUCUGCAGUCCGCUGCGGUACCCAUCCCCUCUGCAGAUGGACUUUGUCCCUGCUGUCGCCUGGUCCGGGCCUAUUUAGAUCGCAGACACCAGAGGCAGCUGCAGCCGGGCAGGUUGGGUGGCAUUCUGCAGCAUUACGUGCUACCCCGGUGACCUGGGAGGUCACUGGCUUUCCUAGUCCUGCGCCAAGCGACCGGCAGAGACAUGAAUUACUCACGGUUUCUCACCGCAACCAGUAUUGCCAGAAAGCCUUCCCCCAUCAGAGCUACAGCUGACAUAAUGGCCAAGGCACCAAGAUCCCUCAUUUCUCUGGCUCCUGGAUCUCCAAACCCAAACAUGUUCCCCUUUAAGACGGCUACUUUCACUGUGGAAAAUGGAAACACCAUCCAGUUUAAAGAAGAAACAAUCAAAAGAGCCCUUCAGUACUCUCCAAGCUACGGAAUUCCAGAACUUCUGUCGUGGCUAAAACAGUUGCAAAUAAAAUUGCACAAUCCCCCCACUGUCCACUACCCACCCACUCAAGGACAGAUGGAUAUCUGCAUCACAUCCGGCUGCCAGGAUGGUCUCUGUAAGGUGUUUGAAAUGCUCAUCAAUCCUGGAGACACUGUCCUCAUAAAUGAACCUUUGUAUACCGGAGCCCUUUAUGCUAUAAAACCAUUGGGUAGCAACAUUAUUAAUAUCCCCAGUGAUGAGCAUGGGAUUAUUCCAGAGGCUCUCACAAAAAUACUUUCUCAGUGGAAGCCAGAAGAUUCCAAGGACCCCACGAAAAAGUCUCCAAAACUUCUUUAUACUAUCCCAAAUGGCAACAACCCUACAGGCUACUCAUUGACUGGUGACCGCAAGAAGGAAAUCUAUGAGCUUGCAAGAAAAUACGAUUUCCUUAUAAUAGAAGAUGAUCCUUACUAUUUUCUCCAGUUCAACAAGCCCUGGGUACCAACCUUUCUCUCCAUGGAUGUCGACGGCCGGGUGAUCAGAGCUGACAGCUUCUCAAAGAUCCUCUCCUCUGGGUUGAGAGUAGGGUUUAUGACGGGCCCCAAGUCCUUGAUAGAGAGGAUUGUUUUACACACACAAGUCUCAUCACUACAUUCCUGCACUCUCUCACAGCUCAUGAUAUCACAGCUUCUGUACCAAUGGGGAGAAGACGGCUUCCUGGCUCACGUUGACAGAGUCACUGAUUUCUACAGGGACCAGAGGAAUGCGAUAUUGGCAGCAGCAGACAAGUGGUUGAGUGAUUUGGCAGAGUGGCAUGCUCCCAAAGCUGGGUUGUUUCUAUGGAUCAAAGUUAAGGGAAUCUCCGAUACACGACAACUGAUUGAAGAAAAGGCUAUCGAAAAAGAGGUCUUGUUUGUUCCUGGAAAUGGUUUCUUCAUCGACAGCUCAGCCCCCACCUCCUUCUUCAGAGCAGCCUUCUCUCUGGUUACUCCAGAUCAGAUGGACUUAGCCUUCCAGAGAUUGGCCCAACUCAUAAAGGAGUCAUUAUGAAGAGAUCUAAGCAUUGUACUCACAAUUUUAAAUAUAUUAUUUCCAUAUUUUUCUGAAGAAAUGCUUCUUGCUGUUUGACAGAAUGGAUCCUGUUCAUGAAACAUGUUACAUUUGCGUGUCUGUAGCAAUUUAACCCAACAACUUUCAAGUGCCUCUAAGUCCACCAUACUGCCAAAAGAUUUUUUCUAAUCUGUUGGGCCCCAGCCCAAAAGGGGUCUCUGUGAGUUAUUUGUCAGCCAAUAACCACAGGUGCAUCCUGUUUUCUAGUCCUGGCUCACAGCCCUGGCCUUGCCCCAUUGGCAUCAACCUCUAAUUAUGAAAACGUGAGCUCUUACACCUGGGGUUUCUCCACUGUGCUGUAAGUCUGUAUAGAAGGCUGCUCGCUCCUUGCAAUUAACACACACACACACACACACACACACACACACACACACACACACACACACAUUCUCUUAGCACAAAUGGCUGGACAGCUAGUCUUUCAUUUAAAUCUCCAGGUUCUCGUCUGAUACAUUAGAUUUGCUCGUGGUGCAGAAGCCACACUGAUCUUUUGCCUUUUGAUUAAUUUUCAACUCCCAAAAGAUUAGAUUUUAUUGCAGUUGUGAAGACUGCUAUAGCUGCUUUAUAAUGUCCAAUAAAUCCUUCUUGAAAUUAA